AAACAGCGGACAAUUACCACUUGGUUGGAGAAUAAAGGACCCAAGACAACUGAGUGCAAAAGCUUACACAGCAAAAUUAAUAACAAUAUUGAAGCAAAUCCCAAGAUGACUUCCAUUAAAAAAGAGAACUUUUGUGAGCAUGAUGUGAAAAAGCUAGACAAUAUUUGUCAGCAAAAUUAUUCAAAAAUACCUGUGGAAGUUGGUGCAAAGCACGUAACUUUCCCUCAGACAGGCAGCAUGUGUAACUGGGAGGCUGAGGACAAAGAUCCAGUCUUAGAUACAGAGCCUGUGAAGGGGAUGCAGUCUGGAGACGUCUUUAAAAACGCCAACAUCGACCAGAUGCACAAAACUGGCAAGCAGGCUCAGAGGGGCUGUGAAGAAAGCGGUGACAAUUGGACUCAGAGGAAAUUAUCAUCAGGCCGGUCUUUGAAAAUGGGAAAUACAAAACUUUCUUCAAAAGACAUGGAGACAGAUGGACAAGCAGCUUCAUGCAAUUCCCAGAAGCUGGAGAGCUGCAAUUCUGUCUGUUUAACGGGUGAACAAGAAGAAGCAGAUGUAGUUCCGGAAAGUCCACUUUCAGACGCUGGUUGUGAUGCUUGUAUGUCUGAUCUUAGAGGUCCUAGGAAACUGAGCAAGUGUCGGAGCAGUUCAGGGGAUUCACCGGCUUUUGAGAAAGAAAGUGAACCGGAGUCACCGAUGGAUGUAGAUAAUUCUAAAAAUAGCUGCCAUGGGUCAGAGGCCGAUGAAGAAACGAGUCCAUUUCUUGAUGAGCGAGAGGAGAUUAAUACAUCAAAAUCUGUAAACAAAUCUUUUAGAAUUCAAUAUGGGGAUGCUGAACUGGAGUCAAGAAAGUCACAUUUUUCUGCCAAGGGUUGUGAAAGCUUUGAGGAAAUAGAUAAUUCUGUUAAAGAGGAUAGUCUGCGUACAAAGUCACCUGGGAUCUCUCCUGCUCCAGCAUCAGAAUGCAAAGGUGCAAAACAGGGUGUGAAGAGAGACUCCAAAAUCACCUCUCACUUCAUGAGGAUACCUAAAAUUGAAGAGAAAAGCAGGAAAGAAAAGUGUGAAUUCAAAGCCCAGAGGCCAGGAAGGAAGACUCCUAAAUAUAUCCCACCUCCUCUUCCCACUAACAAGAAGUGGUUUGGGACACCGAUCGAAGAGAUGAGAAGGAUGCCAAUGUGCGCGGCCCGUCUUCCUCAUCUGCGACCCUCAGCCAAUCAUACAGUAACCGUCAGAGUAGAUCUUCUAAGGGAAGGAGAAGUGCCUAAACCUUUUCCAACUCACUACAAAGAUUUGUGGGACAACAAACAUGUUAAAAUGCCCUGCUCAGAACAAAACUUAUACCCUGUAGAGGAUGAGAAUGGAGAUAGAACUGCUGGAAGUCGGUGGGAACUAAUCCAAACUGUCUUACUUAACAAAUUUACUUGCUCGCAUGAUUUGAAGGAGGCUAUACUGAGAUACAAUGUUGCUUAUUCCAAGAAAUGGGAUUUCACAGCUCUUACUGACUUCUGUGAGAAG